AUGAUGGCCCCCCAGAAUGUGUCCAGUGGUGCCGCGGGGGCCAGCCGAGCGUACGGGCUCAUACUGAUGCUGCUGACUGCACUGCUCUCGUCGGCGAGUUCCCUAGCGGUGCCAUCGGUGGCACAGAAACACUCCGAAUCCCCUCCGAUCGGCCACGAUCAACUGCCGUCUUCCGAGCACCACGCACACCCUUCAGCAGCAGAGGAGCACCCAGCGCACACCAGCCUUCUCCGCUAUCAGCAGCAGCAGCAUGGCUACCGAAGAGCUGACCCUUUGCUCGGUGGCCCGACGGAGGCCACCGACCGCGAGUCGGACGAUCGGUUGCCGGAUCUGUUCAAUCUCACCCUGACCGCGAUGCGCCAGUAUCUGCGCCACCAGCUGAACGAGUCGCGCUUCGGCAAGGCACCCCGCAAACGGUCCCACCUGGUCCACGUGGCCGACGACGUGGACGUGGAGUUCUACCGGCGGCUCAAGGAGUUCAACAACAGCCAGGCGGCCCUCGAUGGGCCCCAUGGGAACGUCUCCACCCAGCAGCACCCAGGGCCGAGUAUGAACCAUUCGCAGUCCGCAGUCCCCGAUCCGAAACCCGCUGAUCCUGGUGAUCCCGGGGCGGUCGCGGCCGCCCCGGCCGUAGCAUCGUCAUCCUCCGCGGCACCGGUGGCCUCCAGUGGUGGAGCGUCCGCCACCGGAAGCCAGCGGGACUACAGUGUGCUGAUGGACGAUCCGCGCGGAUACAUCACGGCAUCGUCUUCGUUUCCGCUGCGUCCGGGCAAAAGCCCGCCCACCCCCUGGAACGGCAACUUCGUCCGACACAGAGGUUACAUCUACGGGUUGGUCUCGUUCUCCGUCAUCUGUGCGCUCGUCCUGGGACUGUUCGGAGUGUUUCGGUGUCUGCGGGCAACCACGGCCGCGCGUGCAACGGAAGCGUUGACGCUGCCGAUCCAGUUCAUCGCCGAAGAUCUAGCACCUCUAAACACCGACUUGAACCAUCUCCCGGUACCCAUGCUAUCAGUACAGUCACCGGGCUGCGCGGGGAUGGAGCGGCUCGGCGUUCCUGCCCGCGGUUCCAUCGGAUCACCACCACUAAGGGAUGAACGAACUCGACGGUUACGAGUGGACUCCGGAGUUAGCGGUGACUCACCGACCGGGUACCACCACCACCACCACCACUCCGCCAUCCAUGGCCAUCAUCAGCAGCAACUACAGCAGCAGCAGCAGCAGCAGCAGCAGCAGCAACAACCCCCGGUGCCGGCUCAGCAUCACCGUUCGGACCUCAUCCUGAGCAGCACCACGAGCAGUAACUUUAAGAGCAACCCGCCCCGGAAGUCCUGCCUGUUCCUCAAUCACCACCACCAUCAUCAUCACAACAAUCAUCAUAAUCAGCAGCUGAGCGGAGGCGGCGGCAGUAGUGGCAGCAGCAGCAUCAACUACAAGACGCACUACAGCAAUACCGGCAGCGGCGGCGGCUCGUCGUACGGGAGCGGCAGUAGCACCAGCGGCACCAGUGGUUUGGUGGCCGUCAACAGUUCCCUUACGAGUUUCCCCCACUGUACGCACCACGUGCCGCUGCCGGACGGCGAGUACGGACCGGAUCGCGAUCUGCAGAUACGGACACCGUGUCAGCAAUCGGAAAUACCGCGGACGUACGUGAAAGCCCCACCGAACAAAACCGUGCGCGAUGUCCCGGUGCAGUACCAGUCGACGGGCGCGAUCUCGGUCGGUCCCGGCCUGGCGCUGGUGUCGCCCGGGUCACUCGACGGUACCGCGAGCCAUCUGCGCAGUACGUCCAGCGUGGCCAGCGGCACCAGUAUCAGCACCGCCGCCGCCUCCACCAUCGGCGUCGGCGGUUACCUACACUCCUCGUACGGCAGCGGCGGUCUGGUCGCGGCCGCCAGCGGGACGUCCGUACCGCCGGGGACCAGGCUCGUGGACCGGGUGGCGGCCACGUGCCAGAGCCAGAAGCCGGACAAGCUGCAGAAGAUCGGCCAAAUCCUGCGGCUCUUCCCAGGUAACAAGACCUCCAAAUCUUCAUCACCAACGUCGUCGUCCGGUGCCGGCAGUGGCAUUAGCAGUAGUAACAACAACAACAACAACCACAGCGUCGCACUGAGUAGUAACAAUAAUUUUACCACGCUGCAUCUCGGCCACCUCGGGUGCAGUGGCACCACCACCACCGUCGUCAGCAACAACAACAGCGUGCAGAGUAGUGUAAGCGCCGCCAGCAACGGGCUGGGCGGACUGGGUAACAAUCACAUCAACAACAACAACACCAUCAGCAAUAGGAGCAGCCUGGUUCUCGGGACCGGCAAUAGCAGUAUAGGUAGCAAUAGCUUAGGUACCACCGGUAGCGCCACCGCCGUAGCGGCGGGUGGGGGACGUACGUUGGCAACGGGCCUGGUGGCGACGGGCGCCAGCAUUCACAACCACAAUCAGCACUAUCGAUCGUCCGGACCGUCCGCCGGGCUAGCGGUGACCCCGGUCGUUACCGGUACCACCACGUUCUCGACGCCCCUCAGCACCUCCUCCUCUUCGACAUCCUCCUCGUCCUCAUCUUCAUCGUCCAGCUCGUCCGCCUGUUCCUCUUCGUCGUCUCCGUCGGGCCCCGGAAGGACCGACGGUAACGCCGGGUCCGGCAGCUCCACUGCCAACCCGCGUGGUGGUGGUAGCCCCCCGAUCUCGGUCAGUCCCAGUCCGGAUCCGCAUGCCCACUACAUGUGA